CACACACAGCAAAAUGCCUGAAGCUGAGGUAGUAUACUCCGAUGUGAAGCUUGCAAGAGGAAAAAAGAGAGCCAAUGAGGCCGUUACCACAUCGACUGACUCGACUUACUCUGAAAUCAAGAUCUCAAAGACUCAGCCAUCCACAGCAGAGCUGUCUGAGGAUCCUCAACAAGCUGUGGUGAGGAAAGGGUCAAAGGUCACCUCAGAGAGAGUGGUCCUGGUGGUUCUCAGUGUUCUCCUGGCAGCUGCUCUGUGUUUUACCAAGACUCUCUCUAAGAUAAAACCAUGCAGCACGGUGCAGCCGACCUGUCCAGUACCUAAAGUAAUAGAUGAUCCUUGUUAUAAAUGUGAAGAAGGCUGGGAGCAACAUGGAGGAAAGUGCUAUUACUUCUCCACCAGUAAAUCAUCCUGGGAACAGAGCAGAGAUGAGUGUAGAGCUAAAAGAGGAGAGCUGGUUAAGAUAGACAGCAUAGAGGAGCAGAGGUUCCUGGAGAGAAAACUGAGAGAUGUAAUGACUGAUUAUGAGGACAAGUUCUGGAUCGGACUGACAGACUCAGCAGUAGAGGGCAGAUGGUUUGACGUUUUGGAGCAACAAUGA